AGACUUGAUAGCGCCGCGCGCCAUCCGCCAGCGCCUGCCACACGACGACCUGCCUCAUAAUUGUUACACAGACGAGUCCAAUAAUUAAGCGAUAAAUAUACCAGCCAACAGUAUGGUAGUGAGAGGAGGGCGGCAGUCGAGCGGCGACCGUGUCGCGCACCACACACCCGUGUCGAGUGAUGAACCCGGAGUUCGUUCGACAUUUUUCAUUCGGAAACUGUAGGAAUCUCACUGGACUGGUUCCCGCACAACGAUGCGUUAGUGCGCCGCUUUGGUGAACCCUUUCGCUUGUAAAUGUGCCGAUAUUUACAUAUGCGCGCUCGAUCUUGCGUUGAACUUUCGAUCUGCUGUGCCCGAGGCCCUCAGCUGAGUGGAGUGGGCCACGAGGAGGCCGCCACUGGCGACACCGCAGCGCCGGAGCCGCCGCCCCAGCGCCCUCUCCUGCAUAACGUGCGAUGAGCGACGUGGGUCGAGGAGAAUUAUGCGUGGGGCGUGCGCAUGCGCGGUGGUGUGCGCGUUGGUGGCGCUGUGCGCAGCCGCGGGCCUCGACGAAGCGACGCGUGUUGCUGCAGAGAAGCAGUUAUUGGCGUUGUUGGGUCUGCCGAAGAGACCGUCGCGUCGAUCCGCUCCAGUACCGCCUAUACCACGCGCCAUGCGAAUGCUUUACGAGGCAAGCGGAGCCAUACCGGCCGCUGCGGCAAACACGGCCCGUUCAUAUCAGCACGUACCGACGGAGCUCGAUGCGAGGUUCCCAGGCGAACAUCGUUUUCGCCUAUUCUUCAACCUAAGUGGAGUACCCUCUGAUGAAGUAGCUCGUGGUGCUGAUCUCAAAUUUCAUCGCGCGACUGAAGAGACGGGUCCUCAGCGCCUAUUACUAUAUGACGUUGUACGUCCUGGUCGUCGAGGGAAAACGACUCCAAUUCUAAGACUUCUCGAUUCCGUGACAUUAUUGCCAGGCGAGGGCACAGUGACAGCAGACGCCAUUGACGCAGUGCGACGGUGGCUCCUUGAAACUGAUCAAAACCAUGGACUAUUAGUGCGUGUUAUUGAAGAAGGCCAACACAACGUUGAUGCAAAACGGCCACACGUAAGAGUUCGAAGACGAGCGACCGAAGACGAAGAAGAAUGGCGCUCUCAGCAACCCUUGCUGUUGCUGUACACUGAAGAUGCGCGAGCCAGAGAAGCACGCGAGAAUGGGGAGUCGCGUCUAACUCGAAAUAAAAGAGCAACACAACGGCGUGGUCAUCGACCUCACCACCGUCGUAAAGAAGCUCGUGAAAUCUGCCAGCGGCGGCCACUGUUUGUCGACUUCGCGGAAGUCGGCUGGAGCGACUGGAUUGUCGCGCCUCCUGGUUACGAAGCUUAUUUCUGUCAGGGUGACUGCCCGUUCCCGCUCGCAGAUCAUCUAAAUGGCACUAAUCACGCAAUAGUGCAAACUUUAGUGAAUUCAGUGGACCCAGCCUUAGUGCCUAAAGCGUGUUGUAUACCAACACAACUAUCGCCUAUUUCUAUGUUAUAUAUGGACGAACAUAAUCAAGUGGUGCUUAAAAACUAUCAGGAUAUGAUGGUGAUGGGUUGCGGUUGCCGAUGACGAAGGCACGCCCCACGCCCAGUGUGGACCUAGUGAUUAUUAUAUGUGGACUCAGUGUAAAUAUAGUGGAGGUCACCAAAACUGUACAUAUCUAAUCUUGUAUAUAUGCGUGUAAUUAUUAUUCUAUUAAAAUGAAAAUACAAUAAACUACGUAAUUAUUACAAA